GUUGGCGGCUCGAGAGGCGGCUAGUCGCGCGCUCGCUUUCCCAAGAUGGCGGCCGCUAAGGACGGUUGUGGAUUAGGAGAAGUGGCCGCAGGGAACGGCCGGCGGCUCCACCUGGGGAUUCCUGAGGCCGUCUUUGUGGAAGAUGUGGAUUCCUUCAUGAAACAGCCUGGGAAUGAGACUGCAGAUAUAGUACUGAAGAAGCUGGAUGAACAGUACCAGAAGUAUAAGUUUAUGGAGCUCAAUCUUGCUCAAAAGAAAAGGAGGCUGAAAGGUCAGAUUCCUGAAAUUAAGCAGACAUUAGAAAUUCUAAAAUACAUGCAGAAGAAAAAAGAGUCCACCAGUUCACUGGAGACUAGAUUCUUACUGGCGGAUAACCUGUAUUGCAAGGCUUCAGUUCCUCCUACUGAUAAAGUGUGUCUGUGGUUGGGGGCUAAUGUGAUGCUUGAAUAUGAUAUUGAUGAAGCCCAGGCAUUGUUGGAAAAGAAUUUAUCGACUGCUACAAAGAAUCUUGAUUCCCUUGAGGAAGACCUUGACUUUCUUCGAGAUCAGUUUACUACCACAGAAGUCAAUAUGGCCAGGGUUUAUAAUUGGGAUGUAAAAAGAAGAAACAAAGAUGAUUCUACCAAGACCAAAGCAUAAUGCUGGCAAUUAAAAAUGUGGUUCAGUUUUCAAAACAUGUUAUCUUAAGUACCCCAAAGUUUAUCCCUAAAGGUUGACAUUACUUUGACUGAUUUUUUUGAACAGUAAGAGCGGUAGUUAAAACUUUAAAAAACAAGAUAAACAUUUUAUUAUAAAAACAAAGUUAGUUUCAAAUAUUUUGUGAAAUUAGCAGUAUUUUAAUUUUUUUAUUUCCAACAAAGUAAAUGCUACUUUCAUCUUUUUUGUUGUUGUUGUCGGUCAUAAACAAAGUCUUAGCUGGAAUGGCUGAAAACUGUGAGGUAUACUCUUGAACCUAAUUCUGGACACUAGCACAGUUUACUUUUUCUUUAUUGGCUGAUAUUACUCUUACUUGAUGUAGUUAAACCAGUUUAGAGGUAGGAAAAGCACUUAGUUUAAAUAUUUCCAAAGUUGUUUUCUUUAGUACAUGUGGGGCUUUAUGGCUCUCUGUUGCUGUUAUUUGUCUUAUAUAAUGGAUUUUCAUGAAGUGCUGCUUGGCCAAUAGCUAUCUAUUAUAAUAUUCUGUACUUUUAAGGAACUGGUAAUUGGCCUUCCUAAGUAGUAAGAGGGCUAUUGAGACGCUUUUUCUUACCCCAUAGAAGUACACAGUGUCUUUGCAAUGUCAACAUAAGGGAGAUCUUGGCCAACGUGAAACAACAAAAUUCUUUAGCCUCUCAAAACUCUUGGCCAAGGCAAUUUUGUAUUUCUUAACAGUUCUCCAAAGCAGCUGAACAAAAAUGUUAAGCUAAAUAUAAAUCUGCAGUGGUUGAAAAGAUUUGUGAGCUUUUUUUAUUCAUGAUAAGACCUCAUGGGAAGACUAGAAAAUCCCUGUGGAAAGCCGUUGGUACAGUGGCUAACGCUGGAUGUAGAGAUUCUGGUAAAAACACAAAUGUAUUAUUCCAUCUCCAUGUAGAGAACAAAAUAUACUCGUACAAUGUUUUGUAGUUGUAUUUCAUGAUAUUAAAACAUUGAAGUUAAAA